UACUGCUGAAGAGCUGUGAAGGCAUCUUUUCACUCUUCAGUACUCAUUAAUUGUGGCUGUGGCGAAUGAAGAUGACAAACAACUCAACUUAUAGUAGGAGUAUUUUAAUUCGACAUAAUAAUAGUAGUCGUCGUGCUAUUUUGGAACUUUAAAUCUUUUUCCCCAUAUUUUCCUCGUUCUCCACCUAAUUUAAUUGUACAGAGACCACAGUUGACAUUGCCCUUUCUUCCCCUACUCCUUUAUAUUUUUCACUCCCUUUCUCCUCACUCUUUCUGUAAUUUUCUUGAAAAAGAGUUUUUUUUUUUUUUUGCUCAAAUGGAUUUUUCCAGAUGGGUUUUCUUGAUUUUGAUUUUGAUUUCAUUUUCUGCCAUACCCAUUUGGUCAGACUCUUCAUUAUCAGAAAUUCCUAUUAAUUUCCUCAAUUUUGCAAAGAAAGCUGAGGUUUUUGAUUGGAUUGUGGGGGUGAGGAGAAGGAUACAUGAGAAUCCUGAGCUGGGAUAUGAAGAAUUUGAGACCAGUAAGCUUAUAAGGGAAGAAUUGGAUAAAUUGGGGAUUUCAUACAAAUACCCUUUUGCUACUACUGGUGUUGUUGGUUUUAUUGGUUCAGGAAAAUCCCCUUUUGUUGCAAUCAGAGCUGAUAUGGAUGCUCUUCCUAUGCAGGAAAUGGUGGACUGGGAGCACAAAAGUAAAAAUGCUGGAAAAAUGCACGCGUGUGGCCAUGAUGCUCAUAUUGCUAUGCUUCUCGGUGCUGCAAAAAUUCUUCAAGAACAUCGAGACAUUUUGAAGGGAACAGUUGCUCUUGUUUUUCAACCAGCAGAGGAGGGAGGUGGUGGGGCGAAGAAAAUGAUAGAUGCUGGAGCACUAGAAAAUAUAGAAGCAAUAUUUGGUCUGCAUGUCAAUCCCCAGUUUCCUCUGGGUAAAGUUUCUUCAAGGCCUGGACCUUUUUUGGCUGGAAGUGGUUUUUUCGAAGCUGUAAUUAGUGGAAAAGGGGGUCAUGCUGCUAUUCCACAACAUUCGAUAGACCCAAUUCUUGCAGCAUCAAAUGUAAUUGUCAGCUUACAACAUCUUGUUUCCCGAGAGGCCGAUCCUCUGGAUUCGCAGGUAGUCACAGUUGCUAAGUUCCAGGGAGGUGGUGCAUUUAACGUUAUUCCAGAUUCUGUUACCAUCGGUGGCACUUUUCGGGCCUUUUCAAAGGAGAGUUUUCAGCAGCUUAGGCAGCGAAUUGAGGAGGUUAUUGUAGGGCAAGCUGCUGUACAGAGAUGCAAUGCAACUGUGGAUUUUCUUACAAAAGAGAAACCCUUCUUCCCUCCAACCGUGAACGAUAAAAACUUGCACAAACACUUCCAGAGAGUUGCAGGUGAUAUGCUUGGUAACGAUCAUGUAAAAGACAUGGAACCGCUAAUGGGAUCAGAGGAUUUUGCGUUUUACCAAGAGGUUAUUCCUGGUUACUUCUACCUACUCGGAAUGCAGGAGGAAACGAAUGAAAAACUUGUUUCAGUACAUUCACCUUAUUUUAAAAUCAACGAAGAAGCACUUCCUAUCGGUGCUGCACUUCAAGCAUCUUUGGCUAUCACAUAUCUUCUCGAAGCACAAUCACAAGUUCCUUCGUCAAGUAUAAGUGAUCAUCACGAUGAAUUGUAAGGUGCUGCACUUUUCUAGACAAUGCAGACCUAAAUAUACCCACUUGUUCAUUUUUAUGUAUUGUUGCUAGAACUGGCUUUUCUAGCUUAAACUGUAUAUCUGGAAUGAGUCGGUAUAGUUAGAAAGGUCAAUGUUUAUGCAACAAUUGUUUUCGUUCCUUUUCUCUUUAAACAUAUUCAAAUAACUGUAUCAAGUCGGAAGUCAGCGAACAACCUUCAGCUGUCUGUAAUUCCAAUUCAGACAUAGAUUUUGUUAGUAAUUUA